AUGGCAACCCCAGACUGGUGGCCCGGCGAAGAGCAUGCCGCCUUCACCGACUGGGCUCUCUCCCAGGGCGUCGUCGCCAAUGGGGUCACCCCAGCACGAUUCCCCGGCCGGGGACUGGGGAUGAUAGCGACACGAGGGAUCAAAAAAGGCGAGGCACUGCUGGAAGUGCCGACGUCCGUGAUGCUGAGGGCAUCCGAUAUCCCUAGCAGCUUCACAGAGAAAUUCCCCGAGGAUAUCGCAGUGCAUGCCCUCCUAUCGGCAUUUCUUACCCACGGAUCACCGGAGCUGCUGUCCAGAUACGACCUGUGGAGAAAAGCAUGGCCGAGCAGACAGGAUUUUGAAGAGAGCAUGCCUAUUCUCUGGCCGAGGGCAUUGGGUGGGCCACAGUGGCCAGACAGCGAUGAAGACACAACAAAAACAACAACAGAUUCUUCAACACACCCAACAACCAACUUUCUCCCACCUGCUAUCUCAGGUCACUGGAAUACCAUCCCCAAGAAACAAAACCAAAAACAAUACAAGACAGACCACCAGAACCUCCUCUCCCAACAAGAGACCAAACUGCGCAAAGCAUGGAGCGACGUGCUAUGCGUCUUCCCAGAAACAGACUGGAAAACUUUCUCCUACCACUGGCUUAUCAUCAACACGCGCAGCUUCUACUGGGUCGGCGCCGACGAAGACCCCCCCGAGGACCGAAAUGAUGCUAUGGCGUUGCUGCCGUUUGCGGAUUAUUUCAAUCAUUCCGAUGCCGCGUGUGAUGUGCACUUCAGCGAGGAGGGAUAUACCUUCCGGGCUACGAAGGCUUACAAGGUGGGAGAGGAAGUCUUCAUAAGCUAUGGUGCUCACCCGAAUGAUUUCCUGUUAGCUGAAUAUGGAUUCUUCCUCGACGAGAACAGCUCAGAUGCAAUCUACCUCGAUGACAUCGUUUUCCAAGACAUCAAGAACCACGAGAAACAGGAGCAGUUGUGGAUGAACCAGUAUUAUGGUAACUACCAUGUCACCUGCCACGGAGUCUGUUACCGCACCGAGGUCGCUGCAUGUCUGACAUACAUGAAUGAGGAGGACUGGCAAAAUCAUGUUCUCGAGGGCUCGUCCCAGGGCCUGGAUGAGGCCAGGUCCGAGGAUACCAUCAAGAUCUGGAUUCGGGCGUAUCGCAACGAAGCAGACACGACUAUGGCCGCGCUGCGCACGGUUAUAGACGCCAGCCCUGAUGUGCGUGAACAUCGCCAGAAAGCGGAGAUGCUGCUGAGGCGAUGGGCGCAGAUUCGGGAUCUCUGUGAGCGUGCGUUGGAGUCUGUAGCAAUAUAG